GGAAUUCUCGCAAGUACGGAGAAUUCCAACGUGUAUGUUAGAAGUAGAGGAGAAAAUGAUAACGUACAGGUUGUGAUGGGUUGAGUGCUGGGUCGGAUUCAGAAGCUGGAUCGGCGUUGUGCAGCUGUAUCACGAGCCAGGACCGGGCGUUGAAGAGGGGAGAGGUGCGAUUGGUUAACACGGGCAGUGAUUGACAUCUCUUCCCUGUUCUUGAUAAGAGGAGGUUUGCGAAAGGGGUAUGGGGGCUUAUAAAAUAUCGGAUUCCUUUCGCAAUAUGCAGAAACGAUGAGUUUAACUCACUCACGCGUGUUGUGGUAGGCUUUAAGCUGAUCAGCUGGUGAACUACAUCUAGGACGAGAAACGUGCUCCGGCAGACUCCAAAAGGGACGCUUUACUUACCGUCAUCUUUAAAUCAAGCCUGUGGCAGCACGCACCUGCUGUGAUCACACUGGACAACGGUCAAGCACGUGGAAAUGAGAUUUGUCUUUUGGAUAGUCGUGUUUAGCACCUGUCUACUAGGGGCUACAGUGGACAGCGUGAUACUUAAACAGUACUGGAGAUGGAAGUCGACACGAACAGAGAAUCAACACAAACCGGACCGGGCAAUCAUGCUUACAAAAGCCAAGGUCGAAAACAGAGGCCGAGUUGCCAAGAACUUCGCUCCGAAUGGCAACAGAUGCUGUAAGGUUGGGGAGAAGACAGCCAAAAAGAGGCUGUCGUGCAACAGUAUUGGCAUGUAUGCCGCUGCAAGUGCAUUUAACAAUUAUGCGCCCAAAUCCAAAAUCCACUUACGUAACGGAAGGAAGUUUCCCAAAGUACUGACAGCAAAAAUAAGAAAGUGUUCGAAAGAGUUUUCCAGAAAGUUUGAAAAGUGUUGUAAAAUGAAGGCCGAAUAUUACCGUCAUAUGAAAAAGUGUCGUCGUCUACGCAGAUCCGAGCGGAAAAGGUGUAAGGACUUGACAAAGAGUCGUUACAGAUCCUGAUGGACCACGACGGGUGUAUUUUUGUACUUGAAAACUAUUUAUGUCCUUUUAAAGGAUCAACGGAUACUGGUAUGACAUGGUUAUGUGUACAUUCGCCGAUUCCACCACGUCUUACGGUGCUCUCUUUCUCUCUGUCUUAGUGGGUAUCAUCCCCAAUCCGCUCCAGGACUUACCAACGUGUACCCCUUCCCCUCAUAUGGACCAAUAUUGUGAAAUAGGUCAGCUGACCCCCAUCCCCAUCCCCUGCAUUUACUGCUCUGCGGGAGAUGUUGACGGUUGGGCUUGCAUCGUGUGGCUCACCGUCUGAUAUAGGCGGCAAGAUUGGUUGAUUGACCCUGAUCAAUCAUUCCUCGUUCAUCUAUACAAUCAUCAUGUGAAACCCAUUUCUGGUGUACCCGCCGUGAUAUUGCUGUAAUAUUGCUAAAGCGGCGUAGAAACAUUCACUCAUUCACUCUACAAUCAUUGUCAACCUUACUUUAUCGGCCUUCGGCCAAGUAUAUCGUAACGUGGUGCCAAGAAUUAUACACGACAUGUACAUUCCCUCCCUCAGUGUUGGCAAUGUGACGUCAUCACUGACGUCAUCAUGAUGUCAUAUUCGCCAUCCUCUGCAGAGACUCGUGAACAGUGUCCAGUGAGGAGUUUACGAGAUGGGAGGUGCUGUUCUCGAGCAUUACAUCAACGCUCCUUCCUCUCAUUCACAUAGAUACAUAGACUAACCUGCACUCAUCAAAGGCUGAACCGGAGGGCUGUACGACCGAGAGUGUGUUGCGACGAUGGUGGUGGCGGCCGAAGUCGAGGUCGCCGUCCUCAUCAAGGGGCCACAGGUGGAUGUAUUAUUUGUGUUUCCCGAACUCUGUCGAGCCGACACCAUAUGACGUCAGUUUGUGACGCGUCUAUGACGUCAGCGUCACGUGACGUAACCCGCCUGCUAUGUGUGUAAUGGGGCUAGCGACCAGGCGAUCAAUGGCUGUGUAGUAGGUGUCACGGUGCCUACGUUGUCAUCUCGGCGAGGUCGACGUCUCUUCCUGCUGCUGCUGCUGCUGCUCCUGCUAUUGUGUACAUGGGCAUAUAACAACAAACACUGGGUACUGUGUGUUCUAGCCAUAGACAAAUGGUUUAUAUAUUUUUUUCUGUUUUGUUGAAAUUCUAUCUUGUUUACUUGUUAUAAUAAGGUGAUAAUAAAGACAUAAUAUAGAAAAGAAAUAUAAAAUAUAA